AUACCAGAAGUAAAAGGGGGCCUGUGAAGAGCGGACAAAUCCAAAAUAUCUAAUUCCAGGCUAACACACGGAGAUAAAAUGACUGUUGUACAAAUAACCGCGUUUUAAUUUCAGAAACGCUUGCUUCUUUACACUUGUAGUUAGCUUAAUUGUGUGUUUGGCUCGUCAGUGAGCAUUUUAUUUUGAAACACUACUCGGAAGUCGUAUGUUUACCAUUGUCUGGCCCAUUUGACAGCAGUGCGUAUUUGUUUGCAGGAGUUGGGUUAUAGACAGUGACCUUGUUUCUGGCAACAACUGACAAUGGCAUCCGACAACGGAAUUCAGAUACCGAGCCGUCUGCCGCUGCUGCUGAGCCAUGAAGGGGUGCUCCUCCCGGGCUCCACCGUCAGGUUCAGCGUGGACUCUCCGCGGAACAUGCAUCUGGUCAGCCAGCGGCUGCUGAGGGGGACUUCUCUGAAAAGCACAAUCAUAGGAGUGAUCCCCAACACCAGAGACCCAGAACACGACACCGACGACCUACCCACCUUGCACAAAAUUGGUACAGCAGGGAUAGCAGUGCAGGUGGUUGGCAGCAACUGGCCAAAGCCUCACUACACCCUCCUCAUCACUGGAUUGUGCCGCUUUAGAGUGUCAAGUCUACUAAAGGAGCGACCUUUUGUCCUGGCAGAGGUGGAGCAGUUGGAUAAACUGGAGCAGUACACAACCCCAGCAACGGAGGGUGUCACAGCCAAAGAUGGAGAGCUGGGAGAGCUGUCCCACAAGUUCUAUCAGACCGCUGUACAGUUAUUAGGUAUGUUGGACAUGUCAGUUCCAGUGGUGGCUAAAUUCAGGCGUCUGUUGGACAGUCUGCCCAGGGAAACUCUACCUGAUGUGGUCGCCUCCAUGAUCCGCACCUCAAACAAGGAAAAACUACAGGUCCUGGAUGCAGUGACCUUGGAGGACCGAUUUAAGAAGGCUCUGCCCAUGUUGACCAAACAGAUAGAGGGACUAAAACUGCUGCAGAAAACCAGAAAAAUAAGUCCUGAAAAUGAGAAGAGGGUGUUUUCAGUGCGUAAAGGUGGGGUGCUCCCGGGCCGGCAGUUCAACCUGGAUGAGGAAGAUGAAGAUGAAGAUGGCGAUGACAUUGCAGUCUUGGAAAAGAAGGUUCACGGAGCCAAGAUGCCUGAAGCUGCACUCAGAGUUUGCCUCAAAGAGCUCAAGAGAUUAAAGAAGAUGCCUCAGUCCAUGCCUGAAUUUGCCCUAACCAGAAACUACUUGGAUUUGAUGGUAGAGCUGCCAUGGAGCAAAAGCACCAAAGACUGCCUGGACAUCCAAGCUGCUCGCACUCUAUUGGACAACGAUCACUAUGCCAUGGAAAAGCUGAAGAAACGCGUGCUGGAGUACCUGGCGGUUAGACAGCUGAAGACUUCUCUGAAGGGACCCAUCCUUUGCUUUGUGGGGCCCCCAGGAGUUGGUAAGACUAGUGUAGGACGCUCCAUAGCCAGGACCCUGGGCAGAGAGUUUCACCGCAUCGCUUUGGGAGGCGUCUGUGACCAGUCUGACAUCCGUGGACACAGACGCACGUACGUAGGGAGCAUGCCCGGCCGCAUUAUCAACGGUUUAAAGACGGUUGCCGUAAAUAAUCCUGUGUUCCUCCUGGAUGAGGUGGACAAGCUUGGGAAGAGCCUGCAAGGAGACCCUGCAGCUGCAUUGCUCGAGGUCCUGGACCCAGAGCAGAACCACAGCUUCACAGACCAUUACCUGAAUGUGGCCUUUGACCUCUCCCAAGUGCUCUUUAUUGCCACUGCAAACACCACAGCGACCAUUCCCCCUGCGCUGCUGGACAGAAUGGAGGUGCUGCAGGUACCAGGUUACACUCAGGAGGAGAAGGUGGAGAUAGCUCACCGUCAUUUGAUCCCAAACCAGCUGGAGCAGCAUGGAUUAACACCUCAACAGCUGCAUAUACCACAGGACACCACACAGGCUAUUAUCAGCAGUUACACCCGUGAGGCCGGCGUGCGUUCCCUAGAGAGGAAGUUCGGGGCGAUUUGCCGGGCAGUGGCUGUGAAGGUCGCCGAAGGUCAAAGCGUCACCACGACAGAUGCUUCGACCUCCGAGACACAGCAGGGGGACAAGGCAGCCCCCCCAGAGAUGCCCAUAGUGAUCGACCACGUUGCCCUAAAGGAUAUCCUGGGUCCUCCUCUGUUUGAAAUGGAGGUGUCUGAGAGGCUCACCCUGCCAGGUGUGGCUGUGGGUCUGGCCUGGACCCCCCUCGGUGGGGAGAUUCUGUUUGUGGAGGCCAGUCGGAUGGAGGGAGAAGGUCAGCUCACUCUGACCGGUCAGCUUGGAGACGUUAUGAAAGAAUCCGCCCAUCUGGCUAUCAGCUGGCUCAGAGCAAACGCGAAAACAUACCAGCUCACCAACAUGGUGGGCGGCCCAGACCCGCUAGAAGGGACAGACAUCCACCUCCAUUUCCCUGCUGGAGCUGUCACAAAGGAUGGCCCCUCUGCAGGUGUUACCAUAGUAACCUGCCUAGCCUCACUGUUUAGCGGUCGUUUGGUCAGAUCAGACGUUGCCAUGACAGGAGAGAUCACGCUGAGAGGGCUGGUGCUGCCGGUGGGCGGUAUCAAGGACAAAGUCCUGGCGGCCCACAGGGCAGGAGUGAGGCGUGUCAUCCUCCCUAAACGCAACGAGAAGGACCUGGAGGAGCUUCCAGCCAACGUCCGAGCCAACCUGGACUUUGUCACAGCCGCAAACCUGGACGAGGUGCUGAACGCUGCCUUUGAUGGAGGGUUUCCAGGGACGACCAGCACCCACACACAGCCUCAGCUGACCAGCAAACUGUAACACACCGAUGAAACACACAUUCACACGCACACACACAUACAGUGACCCUGUGAAAUGAAGAAGGUGUUCCUCAAUAGUUCUAACAAAAUAGAGUGGUUCAUCAGCUUGGACAUCUUAGUCUAAUGACUUUUGUCAUGUUAUUGAUCUGCAACUGUUUUAAGGUCCUUUGCUGUUGAGACUUUCAUGUUCAAUGGAUUAUUUUCCAAUUGAAUAGAUAAUUUGAGAUGAAUUAAGAUACAAUCUCUCUGUUAUGUGAGGUUAUACUGGCAUGGCAUCUUUGUUAAUCACAUAUUGGCAGUACAGCCAUUCAGAUUGUUGUCAUGUUGGUGCCUUUUGGGGUUCAGCCUCAGUUUUGUUGGACUUUGUGAAUGUGAUGGUGAAAACUGAUAAGUGUUCAGAUGGUCUGUUUUAAUGACUAUCUUAAUUGUGUAGGGUGUUCCUAAUGACUAAUUUCCCUGACGUUUAAACGGAAGUUUAAACUUAUACAUAUACUCUUUGACUGUGUGAAUGUGUAUAAGAGCCAUAUGAAAUUGUUAAUCACAUAAAUCAAUAAACAAAACAGAUUGUAAAUUCUGCUGAAAUCACUGCUAUCCACCUUGGAGAACAAGGCAGAGUGGAAGUGAGUCAGGAGCAGCUGUAGAGCUCAGAUCAGAGCGGCUAGCCUAUUUGGUGAAUGUUUACCAGUUCUUGAAAAUGUAGAUUUUUAAAUAUAUUAGCUGUGGAAAUCUUACAACAAUAGACUAGAGUUAGUUUUAUCAAUACAGAAUGUAUCAGAUACCAUAACGAGGCCCUGUCUGUUUGAGGUGUGGAAACAGUUUCUCUGAAGUAUUAAUAUUAUGACAGAAUCUUAAUCCAAAAUGCUUUUUUUCUGGCAGAAUUAAUCAGACCCAUUUAAUGUCUGGAGUCUUGUGCAUCAUGUGUGCCAAGCCGACAUUGUGUGUUUAGACAAUUCAUAACUGUAUUCAUAACUGUAUUCAAUGAUAAUAUACAUGCCAGUUAAAAUUACUUGUAUAAACUGCUUUAUACUCUUGCUUUAACCUUCAAUCAGCUAGAUGGAAAAAAGCAGAUACAGAACACAAUUUUUUCCCAACUCUUGAAAAUCAGACUUUUUUUCAUUUACUUUUCAGUACUUAGAUAUUUUUGUAAAGCUUUAUAUAUAUUUUAACUAUACAUACAUUCACACUCACGGGCAAUUUAGAGUCUUCAAUGAACUGCAUUGUCUUUGGACUGUGGGAGGAAGCCGGAGAACCCGGAGAGAACCCACGCUGACACAGGGAGAACAUGCAAACUCCACACAGAAGGUUGUCUGGCCCGGUAAUUGAACCCGGGCCCCUCUUGCUGUGAGGCGACAGUGCUAACCACUACACCACCGUGCAGCCCUGAGUUGCAUCAGUAUUUUAAUAAAGGAUUGUUGACUGUAUCUUACAUCAGGUGAUAUCUAUCUCGCAGUACUCUGUGCAUACAGUAUGUCCUGCAGAUAAGAACACACUGAAUUUCAGCAAAAAGGUCAGUGACAGGCAGAAGUCUGUAACCAAAUUUGUGUUGCCUACUGAGGUGCUGACUAAAGACUGGGUAAAAAAAAAAAAAAAAAAAAAAACUUUUAUUGAAAAGAUGAGUGGUGUGGAAGACUGUGGUAUUAAUUACUUUCAGAUAAGACACAAAUCUGAUUUGAUGCUAUCAUGAUGCACUUGUGUUCUAAAUAACUAAUUAAGAGUUGAAUUAAAGAUGCUUGAAAUCUUGAAAGUGUUUUUGUAUUCCUUCAGAUGUUCCCAUCCUUCAGUGAGUGACUGUAUUAAACACGCACAGGGAUAAAACUGUAACCCAGCUGAAUCCAACUAAUGCGGGAAAAAAAGUAUUUUCAACUCUGCGCCACAGAUGUGAUUUUUUUUUUUCUCUCUCUCCGAUGUAAUCUGAAACACCAGCAUGCAGUGUUUUGUUCCCCCCAUAUUUAGACAGCCAUAAAACUAUUCAUAAAACCAUGCAGAACAUUUUGUUAUACAUACAUAAAAGCA